AAGGCAGAGGAGGUGAACGGAGCCUGGGAUGCCCUAUGCCGUGCAAUACAGAAUAGAGCUAAGAUAUUGACAAAAGUUCACCAGGUCCAUCAGUUUGGUCAUGAUGUUGAUGAAUUGAUAUGCUGGAUGCAGGAGAAGGAGGUUGCUGUAGAUACAGAUGAUUAUGGCUAUGACUUGACUGGAGUGCAGACCCUGCUUAGCCAGCAUGAGGGAAUUGAGAGAGAUCUGCAAGCCAUUAAAAAGGAAAUGGAACAAGUUACCAAACUCGGCCAGCAUGUCAGCCAGAUUCAUCCACCAGUCCAGAAGAAUGUUUCAAAGAGACUGGAAGAAGUGACAAAGUCCUGGGGGAAUCUAGUUCAAAAAUCUCAGCAAAGGAGAGAAAGACUAAACCAAGCA